GACACAGAAUGCCCACGGGAGUUUGGUGUACUGAUGGGGACUUGACUAAUGGUCCACAUGGGUCUUAUGACCCCCUCUGGCUCCACGGCUUCAUUUUGAUGUGUUUUGAUCUGUUUACUUCUGUUAGCUUCCAGAGGGUUUCAUACGGAUAUAUAAGAGGUGCAAGCUGCAUUUUAGAAACAGCAUCUGUUCUUUAUUAGAGAAGAGUUGAGAAAAGUCUAAAGGAGAUUUCAGUGACAAUUUCGUCUGUGUUAGAGACGCAUUGAUUUGAGGAUAACCAAGUUGUUAAUAAGUGUAUAAAGAAGAAGCAGUGUAUAAUCAUGUAUAGCCGUCAUAUUCCAAUCUACCAUGAUGACUGGAAUUCUAGAUGGUCGUCCUUCAACCAUAGUCCUAUGUAUUCCAGUAGGGUGUCCAGGUUUCCAGAGCUGACACCUAGAUAUGAUCCAGAGCCGUUAUUUGACAGAGCACCAAUGCCAUUUCCAGAUUACGAUCGACGAGAGGUCAUGCCUCGGACUGAUCCAGUAUGGGGGUACCAAUCAACAGUAGCCCCGACUAUGGAGAACGAAAUGCGUAAAAUGACCCAGGAAAUGAAUAAUAUGGCCAGAAACUUCCAGAGAUCUGGACCAGCUAGCGGACUAAAGACCGUGGAAGAUCUUCGACUGGUGGAGGAUUUCAAUGUUAACAAUCCUGUCCAGGAGGAUGUUUAUGGAAAUAGAAUGUUCCAGCUGGGAUUUGAUGUGCGCCAAUUCAGACCGGAGGAAAUCCACAUCAAAACCAAUGGAAAUCAGCUCUCAGUGCAUUGUAAGCACGAGGAAAAGGAAAAUGGAAAAUCAGUGUUCCGGGAAUACAACCGUCAGUUCAUUUUACCCAAAGAAGUGAAUCCAGAGCAUCUAACAUCUAAGCUGUCAGGAGACGGGUCUCUGAAGAUUUCGGCCCCUCUCCCACCACUUGCUGGCAGCAGGGACAGACUCAUACCAAUCGACAAGAAAUAGAGACAGCUGUCACAUAGGACUUGAUAGCACAGGUGGCCUGUAGAAUACGAACAAAAUUUCCUUGAUCUUUGUGUGCUUCCAUUCUCAGUGAUGUUGAACAUUGUACCUUUUGAUAUCGAUAUUGAUAAUUUUUGUGAAUGAACAUACAUAUGUUCAUCAAAUUUAUUUAAUAAAAACAAACUUAAUUGUGUUUCUUUUGAGGUGUAAAUUAUAUUAAAUAAUAAAAGCAGCUUGAAAUUA